AUGUUUCUAGCAAGAUCUGAGUAUACCGAUUGUUACAAAAAUGACCAAAAUCGUCGUAAAAGGGAAGCCUUUUACCAUUCGGGAUCUGUUGGACCAUUUGGUACGCUUGGCAGUGGAACUCAGUCUGCUGGCCCUGCCUUCAUUGGUGGGUCUGGCCAAUUCCUUGAAGAUGGUUCCCCUUCAUCUAGAGUAGAUGAUAAUAACAGGAACUUCCCCGGCGUGAUUGGUCCUGGAGUGGCUCUGGUCGGUUUGACUUCUAACGCGUUCUCUACAUUGGAUACCGUGCCUGGGCAGGUCGGUGCAGGCGUGAUCUCCCUGCCGCCUCAGCAAGGCCCAGCUUUCACUGGGCAAGGUGGGAUCAUAUCAGUCCCAUCUCGACAAGGUCCAGCGUUCAUCGGCAGUCAAGGAGGCGUCAUCCCUCUGCCGUCACAGCAAGGGCCAGCAUUCAUCGGCGGACAAGGCGGCUCCUUCGUUGGCGGACAGGUGUUUGGUCAAGCCAGUGCGCCCGGCGCUAUUUUCCAGCAAGGUGGUGCUCAGGCGGGCGGCAUUCAGGCAGCUGGGUUCGGGUUUUCAUCUCGCGUCAUUCAGCAAGAAGCAACGCCCACGGUUACCAGAACUUUUACCGUUGACGCCUUCGAGACUCUAACUGACCUGGUCUUGCACAGCGUGGCAGUCACCAGGACGCAGUUCUCUAUCGUCACUGUGACCAGAGCGACUACAGUCAUUGUGGCUACGCCCGUGAACCACGGCCUCGCGCUUACCACGUCUGUCGUGGUUAGUCCUGCUUAUGUCACCGUCACGGAUACUAAGUCUGACUUCAGGGUUGUUGUGAGGACGUCAGUGAGCCAUGUCACCUUAACCCACACUUCUUAUGACAUUACGCACGUCCCCUUCACGCUCACCUCUACAGAAAUCGUGACGAUGACCUCUCCAGUCGUCAGAACGGUUAUCAGCACGUCCGUGGAGGCCGUCACGAACUACCACACUGCAACAAACGCUGUGUAUGUCCAUGGAGGUUACCAUUAAUUUAUUAUGUUCCAUUGAGUCAAUAUAUAUUGAUAACUUUAUCAAACGUAUAAUGUAGACGAAGCAACGCUUGUAACGAUACCGUAAAAUAAUGCGAGUCCAUAUUUUGUAUUGGUAUAAUAAAACGAUGGGAAGUCAC